AUGUAUUCAGAAGUGGCAAGGCUUCACUGGAACAGAGAAAUUCUUGACCAAAUAAGAUGACAGAGCUAAGGGUGCUUAUUUACUUCUUUGCUGAACUUGUCAUGGCCUCCGCAUCCAUGAAUUACUCAGCCCACUGUGUAAGCCUUCAGGAAGUUGACACUAUCAAAGUGAUACAGGGUGAGGCACUGCGUCAGUCUUGCCCCAAUCACGACUGCAGCAGCAAGAUGAACAAUUCACUGAUAUUUUGGUUCAAAAAUGGAAGUGACGGAAUCCAGCCAAUCACGAUGGAGGAAAAUGAGCGGGUCCAUUACCAUGGCGCUGUCUUAUACUUCCUGCCUUUAAGUCUGAAUGACACAGGCCUUUACAUCACACAAAGAUGGUAUACUGCAACUGAUUGUGAAGAGUUUAAAACUGAAAUUGUGGUCUAUGAGACGUUUCACACCGAUCAACUGUAUGGAAACUUUUCAGAGCAGAUAGACAUUCUGCCUCUUGAUUGUCCAGUGUAUCAAAACAAAGGAGAAACCAUUACCUGGUACAAGGAUUUCCGUCUGAUCCCUAACAAUUCUGAUGCCAAGCUUAAAGUUUACCUCCCUUCAGAAGAAGCUGAAGGAAUAUACACCUGUAUGUGCACCUGGGAACAUCACAAUCAAGUUUACAACUCCAGUGGAUCCUACCAGAUUCAAAGAAAAGAAAAAACAGUGCCUUUUCCUCCAACCUUUCAAUAUCCCAUCAACAAUUCUGUGGAGUUUGUGGACCUUGGGGCGGAGGUGAAGCUGAACUGUCGGGUGUUCUUUGGUAUCAAUGUAAGGGAACGGAGAAGUGUUUACUGGAAGAGAAACAAUCACACACUGUACUGUUACAAGAAUGUAUUUGUAUUGAGAAUGUAUUCCACAUUGUUUUUUUUCAGGAUGAAAAAUGGAGAAAUACUGUCAAGUCUGACGAUUAGUCAGGUUUCAGAGACGGACCUCCAAUAUAAAUAUUGUUGUGUAGCCAUAAGCACAUAUAACUGGGACUUUGUAUGCAUCACCCUCAUGGCCAGAGAAUCACUGCUCCCAGUGGUUGUGACGUUUUCAUGCACAAUCCUGUUCCUUCUGCUGGCUGCUGGGAUGGUGAAGUGGUUCACUGUGGAUCUGGUCUUGUUUUUCAGAAGCUUCAGAAUAAUGCAAAGCAAAAGAGAUGAUGGCAAAGUAUAUGAUGCAUAUGUGAUCUACCAGAAGGAUAACAUAGAUGAAAAAAACGGAAAGAAAGUUGCUCAUUUUGUCAACAAAGUUUUGCCAGCUGUACUGGAGAACGCCUGUGGCUUUAAACUCUACAUUCAUUGCAGAGACGACCUACCUGGUGAAGACUGCACUGAGCUGAUUGAGACGAGAAUGCAGCUGAGUCGCAGGCUCAUAGCUGUGCUGCCUCCAGGAGUCGGUCAACAUCAAGGGGUCAAAACCUCACUCUGUUAUGACUGGCAUGUGGGGCUGCACCGAGUGCUGGUCGAGCAAGAACUGAAAGUGAUUCUGAUUCAACUGGGAGAUAUGAAGGAGUAUUCCCAUCUGCCCCUGGGGCUGCAGCAUCUCCUCCAGAAGACUCCACCCCUAAGGUGGGAUGAGGGGAGUGGCCGAGCAACUUGCCCCACCUCCCGUUUCUGGAAGCAGGUGCGCUACAUGAUGCCUGUUCCUCCAGACUCCAGCUCUCAUGGUGUUGACUUUUAAAUCUAAUAAGCACUGUUAAGCAUACUAUAGAUGCUUCUAUCUGAAAUCCUUAUAACUCACAAUACAGGUACAUUAUCAUGUUAGACCAUGUUUGAAUUGUUGCAACCAUAACUGAUUGAUAUUUAAGCAUUUAUUUUUACACAAGCCUGUAUAUGAAUUAUAUUAUUUUUAUUCCUCAGAAUGCUCUCUACUUAAACUGUACACUUAGACCUCAGUCUUGUAUUCUUGUAAACCAAUUUUAAAGAGUAUGUACAGAUUUAUAUAAACAAUUUUAACAUGGAAUUUAGAAUUUCUUCUAAAGUUAAAUAAAAGAAAUAAAUAAAAAUAGAAAACAAUAUUCUUAUAGUCAUUCUGAAAAUCCUUCUCUAUUCCCAGAGACGCCACAAUUAUGAGUGCAAAUCCACAAAAACCCACAA